AUGAAAGGACGAUACUAUAGACAUUCAAACCCACUAAAUGUUGGAAAGGCGAAUAAUCCUUCCUAUGGAUGGACAAGCUUGUGGACGGCCCGCUCGGUGUUGCAGGCUGAACUGGUGCGCACCAUUGGAGAUGGAGCUGACACGAGAGUGUGGGAAGACUGCUGGAUCCCUGAAGAUAAGGCGAGACCAGCAAUCCCGUUGGGACCUAACGUAGACAGAGACUUGCACGUUCAUCAUCUCAUCGUACAUGAAACUAUGUGCUGGAACGAGCCACUGAUUCGCGAGUUGGUGGCACCCGAAGACGUCACAAAGAUCACUGCGCUCUCACCUAGUAGACUGAGACGUAAAGAUGGGUACGUGUGGAAACACACGAAGUCAGGUGCCUACACUGUUCGCUCAGGAUACGAGUUGGUGAACAAAAAAAGGAGAGAGAUUCAAGCGCAACCCGUUGAAGAACCGAGUACUACAAGUCUGAAGAAGGAAAUCUGGUCCUUAAAGACUACAAGGAAAAUUAAACACUUUCUAUGGCAAUCUUUAUCAGGCUUUGUAACCUCAGCAAGCAAACUUUAUGAACGUCAUUGUGCAACAGAUAAGACCUGUACUCGAUGUGGAGCAGAGGACGAAACAAUUAAUCACAUCCUGUUUGAAUGUCCGCCAGCUCGGCAGUGUUGGGCUCUGUCGGAUAUUCCAAACCCUCCGGGCUUAUUCCCGUGUAUGGCGCUGUUCUCCAACAUUGAUCACCUCUUAUGGAGGGCCAAGGAACACGGAGUACCAAAGGAGAUUCUCGAACCGUUCCCGUGGAUACUAUGGUUCUUAUGGAAGAGCAGAAACAAUUUCAUCUUUAAUGGAAUUGACACCCCGCCACAUGAAACGCUCCAAUUAGCGACAGCAGAAGCACAGAGCUGGAAGGUGGCACAAAUAACUCCAGUCAUUGCGAUGGAAAUUGACGGAGACGAGAACAGUGAAGAAAGAGAGGAAGAACCGACUCGGGAGAUAGGGGCGAUAAGAUGUCAGGUCGAUGCCUCUUGGACGCAUAAAGACAAGACGACGGGGCUCGGAUUCGUACUAUGGGAAGGAGAUCAGAGAGCUCUGGUGGGGCUGAGGAACGGACUCAUGACAGCAUCCCCACUUCACGCGGAAGCGCAAGCACUCAGCUGGGCAAUGAAGAUGAUAAGACAAAAAGGCUUCCGGUCAGUUCAGUUUGAAACUGAUUGCGCGCAACUACUGAAGCUCGUUCAGAAACUGGAGGAAUGGCCAUCCAUGGUGAAAGAAGUGGAAGAUAUUGAACUUUCUUCUUAUAACUUUGAUCUUUUUUCUACUUUGUAUACCCCGCGUGGGAAGAACCAGAUAGCCGACUGUCUUGCAAAAGCAGCUCGAGCUCGUUGUGAUACCUUUUCGCAUGUUAGCGAUGAUACUCCUGUUUGGUUUUCGAUAGCCAGCAUAGCGGAGUGA